UCUUAAUGAAUAAAAAUGAUCAUCUCCGUGUUUUACAUACAGGUAACAGACCAGAUGAGGAAGUACAGCCUCCGUUUUCACACUCCGCCUGACUUACCAGUGAUAUUUAUUCACACCACACCAGUGAAUUCAGUUUUCACUAAAGAGGCCAUGGGGGACUUGUUUGUUCUUCUGCUUCUGCUGAGUGUCCAGACUACCAAGGCAAACUCACAUGAAAGCAUUUGCAAUGAAAACACAGAGUACCUGAAAGAUGGUACUGACUUGUGCUGUAAGAAGUGCCAACCUGGUUAUCAUUUAGGAGAGCACUGCUCAGAAAACAAAGAGACUGUGUGUGAACCAUGCAAAUCAAACACAUAUUUGGAGAACUGGAAUUAUGCUCAAAAUUGUUUCUCCUGCAAAAUAUGCAAUCCAAGAAAAUUACUUCGGUACGAGCAGAACUGUACAUUGACCAAAAAUGCAGUGUGUGUUUGUGAACCUGAGACGUUCUGCGCCAUUCUUCUUAAACCAGAGUGUUCUGCUUGUAAGAGGUAUAGAAAAUGUCCUCCAGGCCAAGGAGUUUCUGUGCAAGGCACACCUUCUUCAGAUGUCAAAUGUCAGAAAUGCCCCAAUGGAACAUUUUCUAGCAUUUCCUCCAACAGUGAGAAGUGCAAGCCACACACAGACUGUAAAGGGAGGGCUCUUGUCAAAAAAGGUGAUGCAAUCUCUGAUAAUAUAUGUGAAGAUGAAGCUCCAAAACCCCUAAAGCGAGCUACACCAAGGGCCCCAGUUGUGAUUGUCCUCACAAGUACAGAAGCAAACAAUCCAGGAACAACAAUAGACUUUACAACGACUCGUGGAGUAAAAGGUUUCACCCAGACUUCCAACACUUUUGUUUCAUUCGAAUCAUCUUCUUCAACAAAAAGUCCCCAUACAACAAAGCAACCUGACAUAAAACCAGUUGUAAUUGCCAGCAGUGUCGUUGGAAUCUUUUUCCUUCUCCUGACUUUUGUGUCCCUUCUCUUCUUUUACAAACGACGGAGGACAGAUUCUGCAAAGUUGCAUCCUAAAGUAGAUGCUAACGGAAACUGCGAGAACGGCGGCAAAAUUGUUCAGAGACAUGAGGUGGAACGUCAGAAGAUGGGUUUGACCUCUGAGCAACAGUGUCUUCUGGGCAAAAGUGAAGCUGGCAGUGAAGAAAGUCAAUGCAGCAACAGUUCUGAUACCUCAACAAAACCAGACAAUUUCAUCAGUAAUGAGCCCAGCACUCUACUCUCCAAGUCAGACUUCAACAAUCCCAUCUUUGCUUUGUCAGAGCCCAUGACUUUACUGUCUAACCCUGAGGCGGUCACCCCCCAGCCCAGCAUCCCAGCACAGCCCUCCUCUCAGCCCACCAGCCCUCAAAUCAUUAGUCCAGUGACUGACCGCCCCCAUGUUAAUGUAAACAUUACUGUGCACAUAGGAAAUGGAUCCUAUCAGACUGUCAAUCCGAUUGACACAAGGCAAGCAGAGUGCCAGCUUCCCUUUGAAGAGGAAGAUUGGUCUGUCAGUACCCCAAAGCAAGAGGAAGGCGAGCAGACGUGUGAAUCUGUCCCGGAGAGUGGCGCUAACAGUACUUACUAUAUCCCUAAACAAUUUGCAACAUGUAAACAGGCUGAGUAGACAAAGACAUGUAUUUAAAUUGUUGGAGUUGGGAAUUUCUCUUCAGUAUUUGUUGCUGCUAAAGGACUAAAAGUCCUCCUGUGUUUAGUUUCAAAAGCAUUCCUGUUAAUUUGUAAAUAAUUGGAUGUAAAUAAAAUGUGAAUACUGUC